UCAAUCUUUAGUCUGCUGGUUUCGUGCUGUUGCUUGUCUUGUUGCUCUGCCAAGUGUGUUGAGUUGACCGUGAACACGUGUAGAAAACUAGAAAUUACUGGAAAUAAAAAAAAAAAUAGUUCAAACAGAAAGUUUAUUUUGGCUUCUAUUGCACAUUACACAUCUUGUGCUCACUUACACAUUCAAUUAUCGGGAAUAAUCUUAACUACAUAAGUUAGAUGGGAUUUGUGUGCUGUCUUCAAUAUUGAUGUUUUUUCUUCAAUAGUGUGGUAUCACAAAAGGAGACAUGACUUCUCUUGUCGAAGAUGUUUCCCGAAUUCGUCAAGUUCUAGAAGCGAACUCUAUCUCCAACGAAGACGUUGACGAAGAUGUAUUGAUCGCUUUACUAGAUAUGCACGCAUCAGACAAACAACGUGUUGACCUGGUUUUGUUGGAAUUGCAAAAUUUGCUCGGGAAAGAUUUGAUUGUUGGACAUCUAGGCGAAGCACAACGAGAAAGAUGGAAAGAACUGCAAGCCCCUAUCGAUACCCAGGAUGAAGUAUUGAUUGUUAACGAGAUCUCUCAGCAGGCUAGAAUUCCCGACGUGAUCGAAGUGGUCGAUCUUAACGAGCCAUCUACUUCUGGACAAUCUACUGUCUACUCUGCGCAAUUGUCUUCCAGUAAACGGAAACUUUCCAGCGAUUCCACAGAAAGCAACAUUCCAAAGAAACAAGCAUCUGCAACAAAUCUUAUUGACAGAGAAGCCAAAAAUCAUAAGUCUGAUUGUGACAUGCAACCAUCUCGUUGUCGUUGUCCUUUCGUCUCAUGGAUUUGGGCUCAAUUACCCGACGCGGUCAAAUCUGUUCGUAGUGGUAAAUGGAUGCUCUUCAUCAGCAAGCAAUACGUUGAUCAAACUUGGGAAAAAGUCAAGAAUCUUCUUGCGAGCAAUCAACUUGGCAAUGGAGCAAAAGUCGCCAACGGUGAAGCCAAAACCUAUUUGAUUUGUUUGUACACUUACGAUUUUGAAGAUGUCCGAGAUGUUUUUCGAGUGCUAGUCGCAUUGAAACGUAACCGCUUAGCAGGUGGGCACCUGAACUACAAGACGGACGAUGCGACGUAUCAAGGAUUGUACACAACUGACCAGGCGGCCAAGGCUGCAGGCUUUCAAUCGGCUAAGAAGAAUCACCCUAAUGAAAAAGUGUCGAUGUACACGUCUCCGCCCCCACUAACUAACAAUCCGGGAGGGGACAAAGAUUUCGUUCAACUCUUCUUGAAUAAUAUUGGACCUGAUUGCAGAAAGGGGCUUGUAGCGGAAUUGCGGAAAAAUAGUGAUGACGCUGAGUCGAAGGAAAUCUUUUACCAUCCACCCCAAUUAGUGCCUACCUCUCUUACCAAGCGCAGUAGCAAGAAGUCCACUAGUAAAUAAUUAAUGCGGCUCUUGAUUUACGAAAAUAGUCUGAUAUUUUUCAAAACUUAAAUUUGUAGUUUGUUUAGAUAAUAACACGUUCUCAACAUUUUUAAUCUAGAAUAAACCCUUUCGUUUAAAAUUUGGAUUUGGAUUGAACAAUUUCUCAGGUUAAAUUUAUUACUUUUAAAUGGUUUAAUAAGGUAUGUACAACAACAAAAAUAUUCGAUUGUCAUACAAUGCUGUGUUAACGAUUAUUUUUUUAAAUGACCUCAGGUUUUCAUUUUCCACUAAGGUUCUGCUGCUUCUGGAAUUAAAGUUAAGAAAAUUGUUCACAUGAUUUAUCGUUCGUUGCCAGGUUUAAAAUUAAACAUUUUCAUGUAAUUGGAGUCUGACUUAACAGUAUAUCAACGAGAUUUGGGGGGAUAAUCAACUAAAUCAGAUAAUAAAUUCUUGUUCCAAACAUUAUGCGAUUUAUGCCCCUAUUGCUUCUUCCCUUAAAUGGAUUAGUAGUUUAAUGACCGCAAAUUUU